AUGGCGGCCAUCACUGGGGACCAGGUGGCUGUGUAUGAUCGUCAGCUUCGUCUUUGGGGCGUCCAGGCGCAGCAGAGGCUACUGAAUGCCAAGGUCCUGAUUUGGGGCAUGGAGGGCAGCAAUGUGGAAGCCUGCAAGAACUUGGUGCUGGCAGGUGUAUCGCUGACAUUGCGGGAUCACAGAACAGUGACUGCGGCAGAUGUAGGAUUCAACUACUUCCUGCGGCCGGAGGACCUGAACCAGUCCAGGGCCACUUGCGCCUCCAAGAGGGUGCAGGAGAUGAACCCGCUCUGCACUGUGGCUUGCAACAGUGAUCGGGCGGAAACAGGCAGCGACGAAGACAAACUCAAGGAACUUGUGAAGGGCUUCGACAUUGUCAUCGUUGGCUUGAGCGUGCUGGGCUAUGACUUCGAGCUUGCAUCCAGCGUGGAUGCCGCAUGCAGAAGCUUAGGCACAGGCUUCAUCCUCACUGUUGCAGCGGGCGAGAUGGCCUUUUUCUUUUCAGAUCAGAACGAGCACGUCAUGCAGGAGCGGAGCUCUGUUCAAGGUGCAGAGUCCUCAGGACCGCAGGACCCAGAGACCUUCAGUUUCCCUCCCUUCAGUCAUUUCUUGAGCGGUGUUCCACGAUUGCUACACGGGAAGACCGACGCCUCUUUCAAGCUCAUUGGCCUGCUUGCGUCGUUCCUCCGGAGUGGAGGCAAAGCAACGCCAAGCGCGGCAUCUGACUUCGAGGCUUAUUGCCGAGACACUGUGAAGUGUGAGCCGUCUGUUGAUGGCAAGGCUGGCAUGAAGGAGGCCUUCGGCCACUUCUUUGUGGAGCCGCUCAUCCACGUCGCCUCGGUACUGGGAGGGCUGCUGUCUCAGGAGGUCAUCAAGGCCAUAACGCGAAAAGACCCUCCUCUCGUGAACAGUGUCUGCUUCAACGCCUACACCGGUGCAGCUCUUGUGGAGCUCUUGCCGGAGGCACCUCCCGCGCCGAAGAAGCGAAAAUCCGUGGAGGAGGUCGCCGACUUGUUGGACGACUGA